AUGACUCGCUUCUCCAAAUUUCUCUUGCAGGUGAGCCCCCGUACAACUCCAGUAUCGCUAUCCCCCCAAGUGACCACCCCAACACCCGAAUUCCGCGACCUCUACGUGGGAUUCUGCAAAGAACCCCCCGACAGCGCGGUAAACUGGAUCUUGAUACUUUAUCUCAAGGGUCAUUCAUAUGGCACAUGGUGGCAUACCCUUCCAACCCAUGACAACGACUACGAGCUUCGAAAGGAAAAUAGUAAAAGUAUUAACCACCCUUCUAUUGUGUCGAAACAAUGGGUUGCUAACAUUCCUGUUUCCGAGCUCGCUCAUGUUGAGCAUAUGAUGUUGCAUGAUAUUCCUAUGCAACAUAGCCAGCGCUGGGUAAUUGCGGUGCUGGUUGCGCUUGAACGUUUUAAGGGCUUGCUAGGGCCAUUUGUGGUCAAAGAUAUUAUUGUUAUAUCAUACUGUAUCAGUGUUCUGAAUGAACUUCCAGUAGUCUAUCUGAGCUAUGCACAGGUUGAAGUGGAAACGUCUUUCGGUUUUGACCCAACGCACCACCAAGAUCAACUAAAACGUACCCCAAACCCAUAA